AUGCGGUUUCACUUUACGGCAACAUGGCAGCCUGCUGGUUUGGGCUGAGUUAUAGGCGGCUCUGACCGUCGGAAUCUGAAACUUCAUGAUGAAAAUGUGGUCGGACAGCUCGAGACCAGCAGGUCGGUAACGAAGCUUUGGAAGAUGAUGUUGAUGUCUUUUCGGAUGAUUUCCGCGCCGUUGUGCCGCUACGCAGCUAAUGCUCGCGGUGUGACGUCCGCGCGGUGUGCGGGUGUGUGUUGGCUCGAGCCUGCGUCAUGGCGGCACAGACAUACACCUGUCAAAGCGUAUUCAAAGGUGAAACGGUUUCCGGUUAGCGGCUCGUGGCUACUUGGGCUCAAAGUGACGGACAGUAGGUUCUCGUGCUGGAGUGGAAUCCUACAGCAGGUUAAAGCGACACCCUGGCACGCGCAAGGAACUGUAGUCUCCAUACACAGAGGAGGUCAUGAGAGGUCGGUGGCCAGUUUCCGGUCCUUGCUGUCACCUAAAGCCCGUGGUCUGUGUAGCGGAGAGAGCAAUGAGACACCGAGAGGUAAACCUGCGGGGGACCGGAAUGAAGCCAGUCCGGUACCGGGACACGGACUGUUCAAGUUCAAAGAGCUGUAUGAAAACCCAUGGACAAUUCCCAACUUUCUUUGUGUGUGUCGGAUUGUGCUGGCUCCAUUCCUGGGUCACCUGAUCAUUGAGCAGCACUUUCACCUGAGCCUUGCUCUCUUUGUACUGGCUGGAGCCACAGACCUGUUGGAUGGCUUCAUCGCCAGAACAUGGCCCACUCAAAAGUCUGCGUUGGGCAGCGCUCUUGACCCUUUGGCUGACAAGAUUCUCAUCAGUAUUUUAUAUCUGAGCCUCACCUAUGCUGAACUUAUACCAGCUCUGCUGACGGCUCUUGUAAUAUCCAGAGAUAUUGGUUUGAUAGCUGCUGUCUUCUGGGUCAGAUACAAGACUGUACCUCCACCGGUAACCCUUAGUAAGUUUUUUAACCCCUGCUACACAACAGCACAGCUCAAGCCCACACUCUUCAGCAAGGUGAACACAGCCAUCCAGCUCUGUCUGGUGGCAGCCUCUCUGGCUGCUCCAGUCUUCCAGUAUACAGACAGUGUUCUGCUGCAGUGCUUAUGGUACAUUACAGCGGUGACUACAGCAGCUUCAGGCUACAGUUACUGGCACUAUGGCCGCAAGACUGUCCGAGUGCUUAACACCAGAUCACCAUGAAAACCACAGAAGGAAAUACCCAGAGAGCAGAACAAGAGAAGCAAACAGCUGCUGCAAAGACACUGAUCAGCCACGGUGACAAAGGGAGACCGAAAGAUGAAUGAAUAAACUAUGUAGAGGUGGCAACCCUUUCAUGAAUCGUCAUAGCAGCGACGCAUGGUAACCAACCAUGGCCACAGAUGGUUUACUGCAACACUACAGAAACGGCGAACAGCAGCUCUGCCCUGACCUGACAGUGGACUGGCUACAUGUUCACACAAAUAGACACAGCAAAUACAAAUAUAGACCAACCAUCCACCCACACAUACACUCAAACAUGUGUCAACCUGUCAAGUAUCUGUUCAGUGAUCCGACAAGAGCUUCUAUUUUUGUCUCAGAUUUUCCAAUCAGGAGGUUACAAUGUCAAUGAAUCAUUGUCACAUGAUCUUCAGUUUUGUAAACCAAUGAUUUAUGAUUAAAAUGAAAAAUCUGC